CGUGACCUUUGAACUGAGACGUGACUGUGACGUCUUACGUUGUUUACGGUAGAUAACCGCUGCUGUUGAACAACUUAGCGUUGACUUAGGUGCUUUUUAUAAACAUGCAUUUGGCUUUUAGCGCACCAUGACCACUUUUUUCACAUAAUUAGCAAAAAAUGGGCCAGAACUAUUAAGGGAACAGUAAUGCCAUAAAGGCACACCACUGCCUUUUCUGCUCGCACCGGGGAGCAGAGGUUUCCCUCAGAGAUGGCUGCUGAACUCCAUGAGGCUAUUUUCAUCGCCAAGCAGGAGCGCCACAAAAACCUGUUUCUUAACUACAGAAACCUGAACAAUUUCCCAGUUGAGCUGCUGAGGGAUGAAGGCCUGCAGUUUCUGGAGAGAUUAUACAUGAAGAGGAACUUACUCACUACACUGCCUGAUAAUCUUGCUCAGAAGCUCCCAAAUCUUAUUGAACUGUAUUUGCACUCUAACAACAUAGUCAUAAUUCCUGAAGCUAUAGGAAACCUGGCCAGACUGCAAUCAUUGGACCUGAGCAACAACGCCCUUCAGUUCCUCUGUCCAGAGAUCGGUCGGUUGAGGUCUCUGCGGCACCUGAGGCUGUCCAAUAACCAACUGAAGUGCCUUCCUCCAGAGAUCGGUGAUCUGCAGGAAUUGGAGACUCUGGAUGUUUCGAUGAACCAGCUGACAUCUCUACCACAUCGGCUGCACCGCUGUGUGUCUCUGCAGAAUCUAACAGCCGACCACAACCGGCUGAGCCACGUUCCCCGGCAGCUCUGCUGGCUCCACCGCCUCAACCAGCUCUCCAUGGCUGCCAACCGGCUGACCUUCCUACCGCUCGAUCUGGGCAGAUCACGGGAGCUGCAGUUUGUGUUUGUCGACAACAAUGUGGACCUAAAAGGCCUUCCCUCCUACUUGUACAACAAGGUCAUCGGCUGCAGCGGGUGCGGAGUGUCAGGCCAGGUGUUGGAGGGUGACCUGGGUGGGGUGCUGGGUGGGGCGCUGAGUGAGGCUCUGGUUGGGCUUCCAGCUGAAGUGAGGGUGGUGGGCACAGAAACAGAUAAUGUGGUUCCCCUGGAGGAGCUCACCAUGAGAACCCUGCACCGCAUGUGCCACUACCAACCCACAGACGUCAACAUGCUGCCUCCCAUCAGUCUCCCAAAGAGCCUGCUGGACCUGCUGCAGUUCCCUCUGGGCCACUGCCACCGCUGCAGUCAGGCCAUGUUCACCACCAUCUACCCCAAACUCUUCCCCCUGCGUGACACCGCACUGGCAGGAGUGCACCGCAGGACGACUGUGAGUUUUGUGGCCUAUUGCUGCUCGAGUCACUGCCUCCGCAUCUUUGACCUCCAGGGAUGACAAGGUUUCCUUCGUCUCUGACGCAUACACUCAGGAGCUGUGGAGUGGUUUUUCUGAAGGUCACAGAGGACGACUUGUAAUCUGUGUGGAUCUUGAUGUUCUGAGUGCAUCACUGAAGGAGUUCUAUGUUUGAUUGACAUUACUAAGAACCACGGAGAAGCAGCCUGUGUGGGUGACUGGUGGGUCAGAUGAUUCUGCAACGUUUUAACACAAAAGACUCAAAUAUACAUGAUGUUCCUGAGUCUGACCAAGUAAGCAGCAUUCCUACUUGUGUGGUGGGGAUCAAAAUGAUAAUAUUGCACUUAGGCGCUCAUUCAACAAGCUCUGUCUAGAAACUAACAGUAUUAGAUCUGAAGUUACAACUCACAAAUGAGCACUUUUUAAAAAAAACAAGCACUGCUUGAUUUGUAUUAAAUCAGUGAUUGUUCACAGAGAAGAUUAUUGCAGCAGACACAUCCUGUUGACUGCAGAGUUGUAUUUUGAGGUAUUAAGAUUUUGUAGCACAGCUUGUUUUAUUGAUUACUGAUGAAAACUUGAAUGGUUAUCAUUUUUUUUAAAAAGUGUACAAAUCAGUUUGAUAUGUGUCAUUUUCAGCAGCAAGUGUGGGGACUUGUCGGUCAGCUCCUUAACAGAAGCCAUCGAGUCAUGUAAUCAGUAAAAAAAAAAUGUUUUUUUUGUAUUUGCAUAAGCUUAAAUGCAGCCUGUGAAAAAAUGUGCAACACCUUGUACAGGUGUCAUGCCUGCAGACUUGGUUACAGUCAAACAUUUCUGUCUUCAUCUGUAAGAAAUAAGAUUUAUACACGUCAGACUCACUGUGUAAUAUUCAUUGCUACGCUGUGCAAUUUUAAUACAUCAUUUGUUUGGAUUGUUUCAUUGGCAGUAAAUGUUCUGAUGUUUGACUCUCA